AAGGCUGGCCGCGGCGCCGGCGGAGACACAGAGAACACACGCCCGGGCAUCUGGGCGCAGUCAGUUGAGCUCGCUGCUUCUCUAAGUAACAUCGAUGAUGAAGACCUCCAGAGAGCGAACCGGUGAGAAGUGGCUGACCGAACGGAAAUCUUUGCUGAUGCAAGGCGCCGAAGCGCGGGUUUUUGAGGGUACUUUUUGCGGACGGAAGGCGGUUUUCAAGGAAAGAUUCAGGAAGAACUACCGAAUCCGACAACUCGACGAUCAUCUCACGAAGGAACGGAUGAAGAAUGAGGCGCGCAGUCUAUCGCGCUGCCAAAUGGCCGGAAUACCGGUGCCUGCGAUCUACGAAGCCGACCUUUUUAAUCGGCGCUUGAUUACCGCGAAAAUCGAGGGGCUCACCGUGAAACGACUGCUUAAAGAAGCCGAGGACCAGGGCGAUUUGUCAAAAAUCGAUAACAUCCUGUACCAGGUUGGACAAGGUAUCGCUAAAUUGCACGGAAUCAAUAUAAUUCAUGGCGACCUGACCACUUCAAACAUGAUAUUCAGCGAUGGAAAAAUAUUCCUCCUCGACUUUGGGCUCAGUUCAAGCUCAGACAAAGUCGAAGAGAAGGCUGUAGAUCUCUAUGUUCUAGAAAGAGCCUUCGGGAGCACUCAUCCCAAUCUGAACCUCAGGUACCCUCAUGCUAUCGAGGGUUACCUACACUCUGUGGGGAAGAAAUCGAGGUCGGCCUUAUUGAAGAAACUUGACGAAGUUAGGCUCCGCGGGCGGAAGAGGAGCAUGGAGGGAUGAUGACAGUGACGCAGAAGGGCAUGUGAACGCAGCCAGAAUUCGUUCUCGACCGCCGAAGCGGCAGAGUGCCUGUAUGAUGGAAAGCCGAUGGUGACGGAUGUGUGAUAUGUCGAAGGAGUCAAUUGAGCUGAUCACGGAAUGAGAGAGAGUGCAGGGUUCCAAUGGGAAUCAGGAGCUUAGAUUCGCGUAUUCUCUACCCGCCUAACUCAUUCACCUCAUCAAGCAUGUUUGGGAUGAGGCAGCUCACUCAGACGCUUUUUUCCGAAACUCGCUAAUGUUAGAAUGUAUUCCGAUUCUGGGCCGAUUCUGUUCUGGGCACAUCGUGCGAUGAUACGCCACGGGGUCGUGCUGAUCCAGCAGAGCUUCAUGCGGUGACAGCCCCCGGACAUCUUUCGGACUUCGAAUUAUAAGCAGGUUCCCAGUGCCUCGAUUGCAGAGCGGCUCAGCUGAUCUCUUAUUAAAUCUGACGUUGAAACCCUUGAUCAUU